AUGACUGAUCCAACCCACCGCUGGACCAAGUACGGGGACCUGGCGAGCCCGCGCCGCUCUCGGGCCGCGCCUCAGACACCCGAGGGCGGCCCUCCAGGCCACGCCCCCUCCGGGAAGCCGAGAGGCGGCGGCCAGAGCGGCCGCACGGACGUCAUCUUAGGUGAGGGCAGAGAGGUGGGCCACGCUGCGAGGCCUGCUCUUGAGACGGACGCACUACGAAUUCGCUCGGCCGCCAGCGUCUGCGGCUCCCCCGAGAGCUACUUCGCUUUCACGGUUAAGGGAUCCAAAAUGUCAGCCUGCGUGGACGAGGACGCUCCGGCUCCGCGCCUCUAUGGUUAUAGUUCGCGCAUGCGCCGCAGAGACGCGUGCCCGGGCUCUGCCCAGAGACGCAGCCAGGCCCCGCCCGGGCACCGCAGCCCCCGGAAGCCUCCCUGCCCGCCGCGGAUGCUGGUGCUGGUGUUGACUUUCUCGUACACCGGUCUCCCUCGGAUAGGCCAAUGGAUGAGACUCUCGGUCCCAAGCUCCUGGUGGGGUCGGAGGUGGAGUCCCGUGGUCUGGGUUUGCUUUGCAGCCGGCGCCCCCCGGGGCCUGCUGCCCAGGCCCUGCCGCGUGCUGGUGCUGCUGAACCCGCGCGGAGGCAAGGGCAAGGCCCUGCAGCUCUUCCAGAGCCGCGUGCAGCCCCUGCUGGACGAGGCCCAGGUCUCCUACGAGCUGCAGCUCACCGAGCGGCCGAACCACGCGCGGGAGCUGGUGCAGGCGGAGGAGCUGAGCCGCUGGGACGCCCUGGCUGUCAUGUCCGGGGACGGCCUGAUGCAUGAAGUGGUGAACGGGCUCAUGGACCGGCCUGACUGGGAGACCGCCAUCCGGAAGCCCCUGUGUACCCUUCCAGGAGGCUCUGGCAACGCCCUGGCGGCUUCUAUCAAUCACUAUGCUGGCUUCGAGCAGGUGACAAACGAAGAUCUCCUGACCAACUGCACGCAGCUGCUGUGCGGCAGGCUUCUGUCCCCCAUGAACCUGCUCUCGCUGCACACCGCCUCCGGGCUGCACCUCUACUCCGUGCUCAGCCUGGCAUGGGGCUUCGUGGCUGACGUGGACCUGGAGAGUGAGAAGUACCGGCGCCUUGGGGAGUUGCGAUUCACCAUGGGUACUUUUUUGCGCCUGGCAACCCUUCGCAUCUACCAGGGCCAACUGGCUUACCUUCCAGUAGGAAGCGCUGUCUCCGCCUUACCCGCCGCCUCCAAGCAGGCGCAGCAGCAGGGUCCUGGAGACACACACCUUGUUCCCCUGGAGGAGCCGGUGCCCUCCCACUGGACGGUGGUGCCUGAGCAGGACUUUGUGCUGGUGUUGCUGCUGCUGCACAGCCACCUGGGCAGCGAGUUGUUCGCGGCACCCAUGGGCCGCUGUGCCGCUGGCGUCAUGCACCUGUUCUACGUGCGGGCAGGCGUGUCGAGGACCAUGCUGCUGCGUCUCUUCCUGGCCAUGCAGAAGGGCAAGCAUAUGGAGUAUAACUGCCCCUACUUGGUACACGUCCCCGUGGUGGCCUUCCGCCUGGAGCCCAAGAAUCAUAGCGGUGUGUUUACUGUGGACGGGGAGCUGAUGGCCAGUGAGCCUGUGCAGGGCCAGGUGCACCCGGACUACUUCUGGAUGGUCAGCGGUCGUGGGGAUCCCUAGCAGAGCCUUUGUGACUUAGGGGUCCCACCAUGCCUAUGUCAGACACAGCUAGUCUGAGACUGGGGUCUAUCCCCUGCCCUGGGAAAGCAGGGCCUGUCUACAGUUCCUGUGGAGGGUAGGGGGAGGGACCUCCUUGCUGGCUGGGCCAGUUGCCUGUGGAGCCCCCCCCCCCA